CAGCGAAAAAAAAAAAAGGACAAACAAUAACUGACUGCGCCAUUCGCCCUGGCUAUACACGGGCAGACUUACACAACCGUGCCACGCGCCCACUACCAAUUCUAGAUAGCGUGGAGUUAUUUGAAUGACAAUACUUUAUGCUGCGCAAUCACACAGCACUUUUUUCAUAAAAGGAGGGCGCCAGGCAGCCACAGAAUGCAGUGAGCCAUAACCCGCCCAGACCAACCAUGGCAGUGGGAAAGAUUAUCUUCUUCGAGGACAGGAACUUCCAGGGCCGCUCCCAUGAGAGCAGCAGCGACUGCGCUGACCUGCACUCCUACUUCAACCGCUGCAACUCCAUCAAGGUGGAGAGCGGCUGCUUCGUCGUCUACGAGCGCCCCAACUACAUGGGCCACCAGUACUUCCUGAAGAGGGGGGACUACUCAGACAACCAGCGCAUGAUUGGCAUCAAUGACUGCAUCAGAUCCUGCAGAAUGAUCCCCAAUUACCGUGGCAACUACAGGGUGCGUUUCUACGAGCGCUCAGACAUGGCCGGGCAGAUGAUGGAACUGAACGAGGACUGCCCCAACUUCAUGGACCGCUUCCACAUGGCCGACGUCAACUCCUGCAAUGUGAUGGAGGGCCACUGGCUCAUGUACGACCAGGCCAACUACAAGGGCCGCGUGUACUACCUCAAGCCUGGCGAGUACAGGAGAUACAGCGACUGGGGCAGCACGAGCCCCCGAGUUGGCUCCCUCAGACGCAUCACUGAGUUUUAGUCGCUGACGCGCUGUCCGCUCCUCUCUGUCUCAAAUAAA